CCUCAGGCUCGAUCGUUCCUUCAGGAACAGCUGCAUCUCCAGUCCGAUGGCCCCAAUGCACCUCACACACUGAGGCUGACCUGGCAGGCCACUUCAUCCUCAGGAAACAUGCCGCGAGACACAAUCAAGUCCUCCGCACUCUUUCUCAUCCCCCACGUCCAUUCCACCAGCAAGGGCUGUAGAUUUACCUCCAAAUACGCAUCUCUCUGUCGCCACCAUUUCCUUCCCAGACUGUAAGUGGCUCUUUUACAGGAAACUGCCCUCAGCAGGAAGCCCCUUUUCCUGUCCCUUUAGCAAAGCUAUAUUGUAACUAACUUUUAAACCAGGCACCCCGAUGCUCUACUCAUCUCUGGCCCAAGCACACCUUUCAAUUUUUUUUUUUUUUUUUUUUAAUUUUUGGCUGUGUUGAUCUUCGUUGCUGUGCGCGGGCUUUCUCUAGUUGCGGUGAGUGGGGGCCACUCUUUCGUUGCAGUGCGCGUGCUUCUCAUUGCGGUGGCUUCUUCGGUUGCGGAGCACGGGCUCUAGGCACGCAGGCCCUAGAGCGCAGCCUCAGUAGUUACGGCGCACGGGCUUAGUUGCUCCGCGGCAUGUGGGAUCUUCCCGGACCAGGGCUUGAACCCGUGUCCCCUGCACUGGCAGGCAAUUUGGACUCUUAACCACUGCGCUAUCAGGGAAGGCCCUCAAAUCUUUUUUUAAUCACACAAUACCUUGCCUAGCUUAUCAGUUCUUUCCGUAAAUCAAAGAAGUAGAAAUGAAGAAUAAGUAAUUAACAUGACCAGAUCUCUUCCCCGGCUUCCCUUUCAGUAAUCUCCUGAAUAAACCUUGUGACCAAACUGUGUGAACAAGAUAACAUCCAGAGGAAGAUCACAGGAUGGUGACGACUCUGACCGCUCCCCACCUCCCCCCACCCCCGCCCUUCUCAAUGAUUAACUGAGAUUACUUCUCUGUUUCCCUUUGAAAACUCAUGGCCGAGCAGAAUCUUUGGAGGUGGUUUCUUGGGGACGCUGAGUCCCCCAUCUCCCCAGACUGCCGGCAUUCUGAUUAAAAGCAGCUUUCCCGUCUACCAUUUGUGAGUACUGAUUUUGUAAGCGGAGAGCAGCAGGUCCCCCUAUUCCGUAACAAGACGGCUGCUGUCACGGCCUCCCAACCAGGCUCUCAGCUCUGAUCCGCAGCGCAGCCACGAACAUCUUCCUAGGAACGUAACUGUGAUCGUGUCGCCCCUGCUCCCGCCUGGUCUGGCCCCACACCCCGUCGCCAGGCCCAGGGCCUUCGUACAGGUCCGGGCCCUCCGCCUGCUAGUCUUCCCUUCCUGCUUAGUUAAGGUAAGGCCUGCGCCCGCUUCCAGAAGAACCCAGCUGGACAUCACGCCCUCGGGGCGACCUCACAUCCUUCUUUCGUUUACCAGCCUGUUCACAGGGCGCCCGCCUAAGCCACACACGACACACAUACACACAGACGCAACAAACUCCGAGCGUCUCGGGCAACUGCGCGUGCCAAGAGGGAAGCUGACGGCCUGGCGGGCAGGGGGCGUGGGCGGAGAGCCGGACUCGCGAACUGAAGCCGGGGAGCGGCGGGCCAGGCGGAACUCAGGACGCUGAGAACAUGCUUCCGGCCGGGCCUCUUCUGCGAGAGCGCCGCCGAGGGGCGGGACUUCCGGCGGCGGCGGCGGCGGCGGCGGCGGCGGCGAGGAAAAGUGGACGCGGGCGAUGCAGGGGGCGCGGCACGUCGUGUGCGCCGUGUCGGGCGGGGUGGACAGCGCCGUGGCCGCGCUGCUGCUGAAGCGGAGAGGUUACCAGGUGACAGGGGUGUUUAUGAAGAACUGGGACUCGCUGGAUGAGCAUGGAGUCUGCAUGGCUGACAAAGACUGCGAAGAUGCUUACAGAGUUUGCCAAAUCCUAGACAUCCCUUUCCAUCAAGUGUCCUACGUGAAGGAGUAUUGGAAUGAUGUGUUCAGUGAUUUUUUAAAUGAAUAUGAAAAAGGAAGAACUCCCAAUCCUGACAUAGUCUGCAACAAGCAUAUCAAAUUCAGUUGUUUUUUUAAUUAUGCUGUGGAUAAUCUUGGUAAGCAAUUUGGAUUAUCUUCAUUUGUCUUUUCAAAAAUCAUAAGAUUUCUGGGAGCUGAGGUUGGUUUCAACAUGUAUCUGUUUGAUAUUGGUGGUGGCUUUCCUGGCUCUGAGGAUGUAAAGCUUAAAUUUGAAGAGAUCACCCCAACCUUGGACAAGUAUUUUCCAUUAGACUCCAGAGUGAGAAUCAUAGCUGAGCCAGGCAGAUACUAUGUUGCAUCAGCUUUCAAGCUCACAGUUAAUAUCAUUGCAAAAAACCUCACGUUAGAGGAGCAGACAGGCUCUGAUGAUGAAGAUGAGCCGAGUGCACAGACCUUUAUGUGUUACGUGAACGGUGGAGUAUAUGGAUCUUUCAGCUGCAUCAUUUGUGACCGUGCACACUUGAAGCCCCUUCUGCAGAAGAGCCCCAAACCAGAUGGGAAGUAUUAUCCAUCCAGCAUCUGGAGACCAGCCUAUGGCGACCUCGAUCGCAUUGUCGAGCACUGUUACUUGCCCGAGAUGCAUAUGGGGUGGAUGCUCUUUGAAGACAUGGGUGCUCAGACCGUCGCUGCUGCUUCCACUUUCAGUGGAUUCCAGGGGCUGACCAUCUACUAUGUGAUGUGAGGGCCCACGUGGCAACUGAUGCAGCAAAUCCAGAACCACAACUUCCUACCCAAAUUAGAGGAGCAGGAUGGGGGCACUGUGCCUGUGUCCUGUGCUUGGGAGAAGAAGGAAGGUCACCCAGCAGCCUGUGCUGCGACUUGUAUUGAUGUGUAGACACCAUUCUCGUAGCUGUUAACUGUGAGUCUAGCUUGGAUUAAGGGUU